UUGUUUUAUAGGUUUUACUCACAAGUUAUAAUCUUUGUCUUUCAACUGAUACUGAAAUUUUAGCAGAUGGUGGAAUUGGCAGCUAGGAAACAUGUUCAAUUUAUUCUAUCAAAAGCAAAGGAAAAGGACUCUUAUGAAUCAGUUCUGAUGGAGCAUAUAAGAUUGAAUGGGGCAUAUUGGGGUCUAACCACUCUUGACCUUCUUGGAAAGCUUGACACUGUCGAUGUUAAUGAAGUUGUUUCAGAGGUCCUCCAGUGCCAGCAUGAAUCAGGUGGUUUUGGUGGUAACGUUGGACAUGACCCGCACAUACUAUAUACCUUAAGUGCUGUGCAGGUUUUGUCCUUGUUUGACAAGAUUGAUGUAUUGGAUAUCGAGAAGGUUGCAAAUUAUGUAGCUGGGCUGCAAAAUGAAGAUGGCUCAUUUUCAGGGGACAUGUGGGGUGAAAUUGAUACACGGUUUUCAUAUAUUGCAAUCUGUUGUCUAGCUUUACUACACCGGUUGGAUAAAAUUAAUGUGGAGAAGGCUGUGGACUACAUUUUGAGUUGUAAAAAUCACGAUGGUGGAUUUGGAUGCACGCCUGGUGGGGAGUCUCAUGCAGGUCAAAUUUUCUGUUGUGUGGGCGCCCUUGCUAUUACGGGGUCUCUACAUCGUAUUGACAAGGAUCUUCUUGGAUGGUGGUUAUGUGAGCGGCAAGUUAAAGCAGGAGGUCUUAAUGGCCGUCCAGAGAAGCUUCCUGAUGUGUGCUACUCAUGGUGGGUUCUCUCUAGUUUGAUCAUGAUUGACAGAGUUCAUUGGAUCAAUAAGGAAAAGCUUGCGAAGUUCAUUCUAGACUGUCAGGACAUUGAAAAUGGAGGAAUUUCUGACAGACCAGAUGAUGCGUGUGAUGCCUACCAUACAUACUUUGGUGUAGCAGGACUUUCCCUUCUUGAAUAUCCAGGGGUGAAACCCAUCGAUCCAGCUUAUGCUUUGCCAGUUGAUGUUGUGAAUAGGGUUAUCUUAGGCAUAAAGAAGUAAAGUCUUGUACUUUCUUACAUUCAACACUUUUUUGCUGAUAAAUUUGCAAACUCUUAUACACCUU